CGCGCAUACACACUGAUACACACACACAAAGACGAAAUCGUUGUCACGACGGUGACGACGGUGUAGUUCCCAGUGCAGUAGCCGUAAUCGCGGAGAAGAUAUGGAAAGAUGUAUUUGAAGCGUACGUCCAAGUUGUUGGAUCUGUCGUCGCGGUCCACCGCGGAUGUGCAUCUACGCGAUCUUAUGUGCCCGGUGUGCCGUGGGAUAUUAAUCGAACCAGUGACGCUGCCGUGCACACAUAACCUCUGUCUACGCUGUCUGAAGGGUACAUUCGAGCACAACAGUCUGAGCUGUCCCCUGUGUCGGGUCCGGGUGGGUUCGUGGCUGCGUAACGCGACCAAGUCGGAGACCUUGGUGAACCAUGGUCUCUGGGAGCUCAUUAGAGCCAAGUUCCCGAAGGAGAUCGAGAACAAGCAUAAUGGUGAGGAGGGGGAUCUCAGCUUGGACGCUGAUUAUACAACAAAAAGAAUACUCAGCGCAGCUGGAGAGAUACAUAGGGAAUAUGAGGCGCAACUUCAAAUGGCCGAGGAAGAAAUGCGUCGUCAGAGACAAGCUGAACAGAUAGCUAGUGAAGCAUUGAUACAGAAAAUUCGGGUAGAGGAGCAACAGCUAUUGUUGGCUCAAUUGGCACAGGAUCAAUUGCUAGCUAAGACCUUGGCAAAACAGCAGGUUGUGAAGAAGCACAAGGAAGCUACAAAGUGUUAUAAUCAGUGUUUAAACGCAUCGGUAUCAAAUUAUGUUCUUGAUGCAUCUAGGUUUAACACUAAGACUAUGCUUGUAAAUAAUGUCGAAAUGCCACAAACUGAAGCUGCACACUUAGAAGGCAGGCAGAUGAGUCUUGCCGAAUCUGUCAGCGACAGCACAAAGCCGAGACAAACGAAUACGACACUGCUAUCUAAAAUUGAGACAAUAUGUUCCAAUAUAUAUGGCUCUAAUGAGACAGAUGCAUCCAGUAUGCAUAAAGUUUCACUUAAAUAUUGUUGUCAGAAACAAAUACCUGUGUACAAUGCUGUUACAAAGACGUUAAAACAUAAAACAGUAUCCAAAUUCACACAACCUUGUACUUCGAAUUAUUCCAUGGAUCCCGGCUGUUCCACAUCCAAAGCUUAUAUGACGGAGACUAAAGAAGAGUUGCGCAUACCAAGCGAUGUGGUGAACAGCAAAAAGAAGAGUUUAGGGAUAGAAGUGUGUAUGACAUUGGCUGAUGAUGAUGAAAGAAUAGGGAGUGCCGAGAGUUCGGGCAGUCAUGAUAGUAUAAAUCAGGAGAUUCAUCAUUUCAAACCGAUCAAGACGGUUCCGAGAACGAAAUUAAAAGUUUCUUCAGAUGGAAAACAGAUAGAUCCAAAAUUGAUUAGAGUGAUCCCCGUUUUAAAGAAAGCGUCUAAUGCAGUGCCAAAACCUCCAUCACCGACGCACAUGAAACGUAUAAUUGGAUGCUCUUGGAGCGCUUUUAGAGGUAGAAUAAAACAGGACGCAAAAGAAAAGCAAGCGCCGCACAAUCUAGAGGAUACGAAGACGCUGAUCGAUCAGCAACCAUCGACAUCCCUCGACCAUUCUCAAAUGAUUUCAAAUAAGUCGAUGACAAAACCUCAAACAAACGAUGUCAUCCGUCGACUUGAUUUUGUGCCCGAAUCGUCAUUCGACAGCAACAAAAAUUAUACGAAAAAUGCAAACAAAAUAAUUAAUGGCCUUAAAACGAGCAAAAACUUGGACGAAUCAGACGCGAAAAAAACUCGUAAAUCUUGGAGAACGCGCGUGAGAAAUGGUAUGAUAGUGAAAUCUAAGGGGUAUAGAAAUCUGCGGAGUAAUAAGAGAGCAGCUGAACUCAGUUUGAAUGUGAUAGACGAGGAAGAGGACGAUCCGAUGGAUUCAUUCGGCAAAGUAAGUCCGCAAAACGACGAGCAAGACAGCGAUCGCGAUGAUGUAGCGGUCGAAAAUAUAGCGGAGCGGAUUAAAAGAAGGAAAGAAAACAUAGAAAAAGAAACAAGACGAGAAAUUGAAUCCAAUACAUCUAAAAAAAGCAAAGCAACAAUGAAGAAGAAAACAUUAUCUGAGAGGAGAGAUGAGAGUCCCGCGACGAAUCACGUUUUGUUCUCGACGAUCGAAGAAAGCGCGGAAGUCGAACAUACUGGGUCAAGGAGAACGAAGCGAAGGAAAAUCAGCAGGAUUUCUCAGAGUAAUACGGAGGAUCUAGAGAGGAUCGAGUUUUCUUCAGACGCGAGUAAAGUGAAUUUGAGGAAGUCUACGCGAAACUUGACGAAGGUCUCCAAGUCGAGCGAUCACUUAUCGAACGUAGUGCGCAACAAGAAUAACAGUAGGUUUAACUACGACUCGCCACCAGAGUCUUCCGACGAGACGGAGGAGUGCGUUCCGGAGAGCAACCACGUUGUCGGAACUUGCGUCAAGGAGCUGCCCUCAGACAAAGAAGCAAUUGAGGAACAGCAACGGAUCGAGCGAUUGCUGCUGCAAGAGAAAGAGGAUUUUGAAUUGGCGCGUCGCUUGCAGGCGCAGUUCGACGAGAUGGAGCGAAUAGCGGGGCGUCCUAGACGUACGAGGAAGACUACCGAGAACGAGAGAAGCAUCGAGACUGACGCGACUGGGACUGUCUUCAAAAGGAACGUCAAACGAAAAUCAGCUGUCGAUUGUGCCGUGAGUACCGUAGUUAAGAGGAAACGCGGCAGGCCAUCGAAACGCGUGAAAAUCGCGACCGACACGCAAGAAGAUGAGACGAGUGCGCGAUAAUCGAACUUGAUACGCGCACAAAAAUCCUUCGCACAUGCUGGAUGUUCCUAUAAGCCAUAUAUAAAGGAAAAUGGAGUUCGAUUAAAACUUUUUGCGACUUUGUAUAGUGUCUUACGUAUUUUUAAUGAGAGAUCGUUUGCGUCAUGUCGAAUGCGUACCUGGAUAACAAUGCGAGAGUAUAAAUGCGCAGCGUAUAAAUAUAAAUCUUUAAAUUGUUACAUUGUCGUUUUUUGGUGUCCACUCUAUGGAACGUUAAUACGCGUCUACGUGCCGUUUUCGUUCCUAAUGUAUCAAUCGUGCACGUUUUUAAAAUAACAAUAGAAAAAAUGCGACUUAUACAAUACUUACAUACAAUACGUUCCUGGAAUAAUUAAUCAAAAUUUUAACAAGUUUUGUUCGAUAGGAUACUUCUGUGAAAAAGAAUUCUUUUAAGAUUAAAUUCACAGAAACUUCUGGGACGCGCCUCGUACAUAUUUUUAUUAGUUCUCUUGACGAAAUGAAAUACCACACAUUACAAUCAAAACGAAGAAUGACAAUAUGUGAACGAGACAUUGUUAAAUUUGGUGACGAGAGCGAGAAGAAUGAGGAAUGCACGUCCGUAAUUUCGACGAUGAUGAGAUAUGUGCAUGAGAUUGAGAAAGUAUAAUUUUAUACAGUGAUUAUAAUUAUUUUUUAAGAGAGCUUGUCCAUUUAGGCUUAAGUCGCUAUUCAUUACAACAGUCCAUAAUAAUUAUUAUAGAUAUAUAGCAAGUUAAUUAACUUGUUUUCUUGAAAGUUCGAUUAUAUGAUGAUAUCUGGCUCCUUGGUAAUUUUCUUCGUUUUUAGCAGAAAAUAACCGGCAAAAUCAUGGAAUGACAAUCGUCGCGAAGUAUACCGCUCGAUUGAAGGCAAAUAGAGCGCUAGCUUUUAUCAUUACGCGGUUUAUAAUGAAAACUUUCUAUUGAAAUUGCUUUAUCACGAGAUAAUACAUAUUUAUAUAUUCCUAUAUUUAUCGUUCCUGUGGAUACAUAAAUUAAAGUCCAACUGAAUCAACAUUUCUUUCUUUAUAGAACGAAGGGGACGAGAGAAAUUAAAUCAAUUUCAAUUAUUUUUACCCAACGUUCACGCAAACUAUUCUUAUUAAUGUAUAACAUUAGUUACAUGACAUUUGUAUAUCGAUAUCAUCAUCGAGAAAGGCAGAUUCUAGCGGAAUAUAAUUGUGUAUAACGUUAAAAGAGGAAUUAUAUAUGUUUGAUAAGAUGCGCUUGAUAUCGCAAUUGUCUACUGUUAGUUUCGACGGCCUUGAUUAUCACCGCAAUUAUCGAAUAAAUUGUUAUAUAUUAAGUGUUAUAUUAAGAGAUUUAUGCAAAUCUCGCUCGCGGACGGAUUUUGCGUCAGGAGUCGACAGAUGCAGAAUUAUCGAGAAAUAUAGUUCCUUCAACGGAGUUCCGUUUUCAAUAGGCUAAAAUUCUCUCUUGCCCAUACGUAUUAUCGCCCUGAUGACUAUAUAUAUUUAUACUGUAUGUGUGUAUAUUAAGUAUAUAUACAUAUGUACUUUUUUUUAAUCAUUGGCUGAUAUAUCGAAUAAUAAAUUCGCGGAUCCUCGUUUUUUCGCCCUCCUACUAUUUGUGAUAAGCAGCAUUCAACAUCCGAAAAUCAUUCUUAAUUUUAAUGAUAAUUUUAACGGCAAAGCCUGCACUCGUAAGAGUGACUACUUCCGACAACCGUGAUUUAAUGCAUAUAUUCGAGGGCGCGUCUCGUUUUUCUCCAUCGACGAACAUGUUUAUUUGCAAAAUUAUUUCUAUAAAAUUCUCCUAACGAAAUUAAUCGAAAAUAUUUGUUAUACACAUUAUGAUUCGAUUUAGACAAAAUCUUUUACAAUUUUAUUUAAUUAUCGCGAUGAAAGAGAGAUUUUUUGCUAAACGUGAUUUUUAAAUCAUAAUAAGUAUUUUUAUGUAAAGAUGACAACACAACAAGCGCAGAUGAUAGGAGGAAGCUAUUCGAUAUCUCUUUAAUUAUCUUAGACCUCGAAAGCAAAAUGGUUUUAAUUAGCGGAUAUUUUUUUUUCUAGAGCAGUUAAAAAAAAAAUAAAAGAGAUAAUGGUCUUUUAUUUCGUGCUGCUCUAUGACAAAUCCGCGCGGAGCUUGCGAAACUCGAAGAGGCUUCCGAAAGUUUCCUCGUUAGCGCGGAAUAAACCGGGAGCAACAAAGGGAACGCAUAAAACGAUUGCGGUGAGAGGAUGCAUUUUUAUCGCUCUCAUCAUCCUUCCAUAUAUUCUUUUCUAUUCGUGAGUUUAUUUAAUUGGAAUAUGUGUAUUCGUUGUUAAAAAGAAAAUGUACACGAAACGUUCGUUAUUCUCUGCUUGUCCAGAAACAGUCUCUCAAUUAUUUCUUUCUUCUCUAUGUAAAUUUUAAUUAUAAAUAUGCACAGCGUAUUUUGCAUGAAUAUGUUUAAUAAUUAACGUGUAUAAUACAUAUAUGAAUGAUUGCGAGAAGGAGGUGUAGUAACGCCGGUGGAUAUCGUUACAGAAUCGCAGGACUAUAUUAUAAACUAAUCUAACGAGAAUAUAUAAUGUAAAAAAGAGGCGCAUGGAAUUUAUAUAUGGAAUUAAAGCAUAGAGAAUGUAUAGAAAAGAUAUUUAGUUAUAGAGAGCGACUUCUACAGGAUAGUGUCGAAUAUUAUUAUGUAUUGAUAACAAAUAAGUAGAGAGCAUCGAGAGAUUAAAGCAAGCGUAUUCUAUAACUCCGAACGAAACGGAGAUACUCAUUAUGGAUUUUUAGGAAGAGUCAUUUUUAUAUUAUGCCACACAUAUAUUGUUUCGCGAUAAAAGAUGUAACAAGAGAAACGGGCAGCUUUCGCGAAAUCGCGAUCGCACCAUCCGUUCUUCUUGAUACGUUUUAUAUGUGAAAACAAAUAAAUAGAGGACUGUAAUUACUCUAAGAGUUAUCUCUCUUCCUCUCUCUUGUAUCUACUUAAGAUAUGCCGAAAGAUCUUCCGCUUCUGUAAAAAAAGUGAAAAGUAUUACCGAUUACGACUUAUCAUAUCUUCUAAAGUAAUCGUUAAAUAAUUAAAAAAACUUUACAUAAGUGCAAUAAAAGUUUAUAAAUAGGAUAUAUUUAUUAAUAGUGUUUCUUUUUUUAAAUUAAAAUUUCUUAUAAGAUAGCAAGAGAUUUAAUAAUCUUUCAUUACAGUGUGAAAAAACGGAAAAGGGUUUUUUACAUUAAUAUUAUCUUUGAAAAAAAUUAAAAGCAUAUUUGACUCGAGUUUCUGCGAAAAUUAUGAUUAUAUAUAUGUAUAUAAUUUUCGCUUGUCUUGUAUACGAUAAAAAAUUGUUAUGCAUGAUAAUUCGGUCAAGGAUAUCAUUGAGGUAAAUCCUUUCUUAUGCAAUGAGUCGUAGCGAGUUAUAACAAUAGCGUUGCAACAAUGAAGAGAAUCUUUGUCUAUCCAUAAUACUGAAAUUAAGCAUACGGACAUUCUGCAAGUUACGCAAUAUUCGAGGCAACUAUGCGG